AAUCAGAGCAGCUGGCAGCGCAGCGGGCAGUGGUGGCCGUCCGGGGGCUCGGGAUCGCACGCACGUCCGCGCGGGGUCCCAGCCACACACGCGGUUCCUUUGCCAUUCUCAGAAGGGCCGGCGCACAAUCAGGAGAGUGGAUCGUGAGCGGUCAGGCGGAUUGAGCACCAGCAGGCACCAUGUGGAUCCAGGUUCGCACCAUGGAUGGGAAGGUGGCCCACACUGUGGACUCCUUGUCCAGGCUGACUAAAGUGGAAGAGCUGAGGAAGAAGAUCCAGGAGCUGUUCCAUGUGGAGCCAGGCCUGCAGAGGCUUUUCUACCGGGGCAAGCAGAUGGAGGACGGCCACACGCUGUUUGACUAUGAUGUCCGCCUGAACGACACCAUCCAGCUGCUGGUCCGGCAGAGCCUUGUGCUGCCCGCCCCCAGCGGCGGUGGCACCGGCGGUGGCAGCAAGGAGAGGGACUCGGAGCUCUCCGACACGGACUCCGGCUGCUGCCUGGCCCAGAGCGAGUCUGACAAGUCCUCCAACAGUGGCGAGGCCGCCGCUGAGCCAGAAGGGAAGGCCGACGAGGAUGAGUGGGAUGAGACGGAGCUGGGCCUCUACAAGGCUGGCGAGUACGUGGACGCGAGGGACACGAACAUGGGCGCGUGGUUUGAGGCCAAGGUCAUCAGGGUGACGAGGAAGGUGCCCGCCCAGGACGAGCCCUGCAGCUCCACCUCCAGCCCGAAGCCGGAGGACGACAUCGUCUAUCACGUGAAAUACGACGAGCGGCCCUCUCCGCCUGGCUUCUCUCUCUCUCGUCAAGGGACUGAGGUCCCCUGGCACCUGGGGUCUGAGCGUGGGGCUUUCCCCCCCUCCCUCAGCUACCCGGAGAACGGAGUGGUCCAGAUGAACUCACGGAACGUCCGGGCUCGCGCCCGACACAUCAUCAAAUGGCAGGACCUGGAGGUGGGCCAGAUGGUCAUGGUCAACUACAACCCUGACAACCCCAAGGAUCGCGGCUUCUGGUACGACGCGGAGAUCCUGCGGAAACGUGAGACCCGGACGGUGCGGGAGCUGCACGCCAACGUCAGGAUCGGGGAUGAUUCUCUCAACGACUGUCGGAUCAUCUUCGUGGACGAGGUUUUCAAGAUUGAGCGCCCUGGCGAGGGGAACCCCAUGGUGGAAAACCCGACAAGAAGGAAGAGCGGGCCCUCCUGCAAGCACUGCAAGGACGACGAGCGGAAGCCGUGCCGCAUGUGCGCCUGCCACCUGUGCGGGGGCAAGCAGGACCCCGACAAGCAGCUGCUGUGCGACGAGUGCGACAUGGCCUUCCACACGUACUGCCUGUGCCCGCCGCUCAGCAGCGUCCCCGCUGAGGAGGAGUGGUACUGCCCCGAGUGCCGGAUCGACUCCAGCGAGGUGGUGCAGGCAGGCGAGAAGCUGAAGGAGAGUAAGAAGAAGGCGAAGAUGGCGUCGGCCACGUCGUCCUCGCAGCGGGACUGGGGCAAGGGCAUGGCGUGCGUGGGCCGCACCAAGGAGUGCACCAUUGUGCCGUCCAACCACUUCGGCCCCAUCCCGGGCAUCCCCGUGGGCACCAUGUGGAGGUUCAGAGUCCAGGUCAGCGAGUCUGGGGUCCAUCGACCUCAUGUGGCAGGCAUCCACGGCCGGAGCAACGAUGGGGCGUACUCCCUGGUCCUGGCUGGAGGGUAUGAGGAUGACGUGGACCACGGGAACUCGUUCACGUACACAGGUAGCGGUGGACGAGACCUUUCCGGUAACAAGCGGACUGCAGAACAGUCUUGUGAUCAGAAACUCACCAACACCAACAGGGCGCUGGCUCUGAACUGCUUUGCCCCCAUCAACGACCUCAAAGGGGCCGAGGCCAAGGACUGGCGGUCUGGGAAGCCGGUCCGGGUGGUGCGGAACGUCAAGGGCCGCAAGCACAGCAAGUACGCCCCCAUCGAGGGCAACCGGUACGACGGCAUCUACAAGGUCGUGAGGUACUGGCCCGAGAAGGGCAAGUCCGGCUUCCUGGUGUGGCGAUUCCUCCUGCGCAGGGAUGACGUCGAGCCGGGGCCCUGGACCAAGGAGGGGAAGGACCGGAUCAAGAAGCUGGGGCUGACCAUGCAGUACCCAGAAGGCUACCUGGAGGCCCUGGCCAGGAGGGAGAAGGAGAAGGAAAACAGCAAGAGGGCAGCCCUGGAGAAGGAGGAGGACGGGGAGGAGGGCUUCCCGUCCCCCAGGAAGGGCAAGCGGAAAAGCAAGUCGGCUGGAGGCGACGGGUCCUCGCGAGGGGCACCCAAGAAGACCAAGGUGGAGCCCUACAGCCUCACCACCCAGCAGAGCAACCUCAUCAAGGAGGACAAGAGCAACACAAAGCUGUGGACAGAGAUCCUGAAGUCGCUCAAGGACGGGCCGAAAUUCCUGAGCAAAGUGGAGGAGGCGUUCCAGUGUAUUUGUUGCCAGGAGCUGGUGUUCCGCCCGAUCACGACCGUGUGCCAGCACACCGUGUGCAAGGAUUGCCUGGACAGGUCCUUCAGGGCCCAGGUGUUCAGCUGCCCGGCCUGCCGCUAUGACCUGGGCCGGAGCUACGCCAUGCACGUGAACCAGCCACUGCAGGCUGUCCUUAACCAGCUCUUCCCUGGCUACGGGAGCGGACGGUGAUCCUCAAGCACUUCUCGCCGGGUGUUUUUUUAAAAAAACAUUAUCGGGGGGGGGGGGUCUGUGGCCCCCAUUUUAUUUUUAGUGAGCUUAACUUAAACAUGUAGUUUUUCCUCCACUCCCUAAAAAAAAAAAAAGCCUCGUCUUCCCGGUUUGGUCUUUUUUUUUUUUUUUUUUAAUCUAUAAAACUUUCAGGAAUUUGUAUUAUGGCUCAAAGGAAGAAAGUCGGACUUCUCUGUGUUUUUAUUUUGGUUUUAAAAAUAAAUAAAUAAAUAAAAAGCCUGCAAUUUAUCAGCGGAAAAAAAAAACCCUAAAAACAAAAAAACAAACAAAAAAAAAUUGUUUUUCUUCUGAGGAUGGAAUUAGAAACAACUUGGCGUGAAGGCCACUGAAAUUCCCAGCAUCAGGUUCUCAGCUGUUCUGGCCGCCGACUCGCAAGACGGCGCCGGGCUGCCUAGAACAAUCUUUUCAAGGUUGGUGGGCCAGGCCCCCAGAGGUGAAAUCCUGCCUGGCGGUGGCCCUGGGUGUGGUGUUGGCCCUGCGUCGCCGGCAGGAAAGUGUUCAAAGGAAAAGCGGAGAGGUCCCGUUGGGCACAGUUGAACCCCCCGCCUCCAAGCCAUCCCCCACCGGGCUGCUUCCGCGUCCCCACCGGCCACCCAAGCAGAGAGCUGGGGCCACACCGAAGCUACCUCCGCUGGACUCUUUCCCUCCAUGGGGGCCGAUGGGCGGCCCAGCGACGUCCCCUCUGGACGCCACGGAAGCAAACGCCUGGGGCCACGUUCAAGUGCCUUUGGUCCCUCCUUCCUUCUUCAACGCGGUGCUCUUUCUCAGCACUGAAUUGUUGACAGUGCCAACCGGAAUCUCAAACUGUGGUCCUCCAGCGCCUCCCUGGGGACCCCGGGUGAGCGAGUGGGGACGAUGGGACUUUUGUCGAUCCUCGAAGUUGAAUUUUCAACUUGCCAAUUGGGAAUUACAAGAGGGAAACUUUAAAAAAAAAAACAAAAAAAAACACCUUUUCUAAAUGAAAUUUUUUUUGUAGUUACUGUACAUGUACCGAGAAAGCUAAUAACUUAGGGUUUGGUUGUGUUUUUUUUGGGGGGGGGGAGUUUUGUGUUUUUUGGAAUGAUUUGUUAAUGUUUCUAACUUGACCAAAGUUUGCAGCUUAUACCUCAACAGAACAGGGAUAUUUUAAAUCACAUAACUGCAGACAAACUGGAGCGAUAUCGUUUUAAAAGUUUCUCUUUUUUUCCUUAUUAUUAGGUGCUUAAUGUAUUAGGAAUAAAUGACGAAAUCCUGUGUAGGCUUUUUUUAUGAAGUUCAAUAUUCUCUGUCCAGGUUUUAGAUUCUCAGAAUAAAUGCCUUUUACAGA